AUGGAUGUCAUCUAUGCACAACUCGAGCAGCGCGCGUUGAGUCUUCUGGAGAAAUCACAGCAACAGUCUUCAGAUUCCAGAGCCAUCAUUAUCCUGGCUGGUCCUCCAGGAUCUGGGAAGUCAACUAUCGCUUCCCAAGUCGUACGCAGGAUCAAUGCCCUUCAUCGAACUCCGAUCGCAAAAGUUCUUCCGAUGGAUGGAUAUCAUUACUCGCGCGCUCAUCUCGAUACUCUUCUGAACCACGUUGAAGCCCAUGCACGAAGGGGCGCACAUUGGACAUUUGACGGCAAAGCAGUUGUUGAGAUGAUCAAACAACUACACGCCUCUCGAGAGAGACCAUUCACCACAUUAUACGUGCCGAGCUUCGAUCAUGAGAUCAAAGACCCUGUUCCUGGUGCCAUUGAGAUAACUCCAGAUAUCAAGAUUGUUUUGGUGGAGGGCAAUUGGCUCUUGUACAAUCAGCAGCCUUGGAACGAGAUUGCCAAUUACGCGGACGAUACCUGGUUUGUUGAUGUUGAUUCUCACUUGUCAUUACAAAGAGUUGCGAAAAGGCAUGUUGCAUCUGGCAUUGAGGGGACAAUGGAGGUUGCGGAGGUCAGAGCGAGAAACAAUGACAUGAGAAAUGGAGAGGAAAUACGGACUUGUCUAAUUGAGCCGAACAUCAAGGUCGAAAGUGUUGAAGGUCUAUGA